GUCGGCACUGACUGGCGGCACUGCUGGGUGGCACUGCUGGUCUGCACUGAUGGGCAUUGGUGGGCACUGAUGGGCACAGGUGGGUGGCACUGAUGGGCACAGGUGGGCGGCAAUGCUGGGUGGCACUGCUAGGCACCGAUCAUCAGGGCACUGAUGGCGCUGACAGCGUGAGCAAAGUGCAGCUGAGAACCGCCAAUUGCAUUUCUCGUUGAUCAGCGUGUCAUUGGAAACGGCUGAUCACGUGGUAAAAGGCCGCUGUGUUUGGCUUUUUAUCACAUCACGUGAUCAGCUGUG